CGUGAUCUGAAUAUUACAGGUAUGAAAUUAAAUUUUUUGGCCAUUUUUGCAAAAUUACUUGAAAUCCUUAUCAUAACCCACUUACAGCCACUGAGUUAGAAGUACUGACAUGAAAAUUAAACAUGUCAAUCAUCUGUGGAACGGGCAGGGUUCGAAAAACUCCAGCCAAUGAUUUCCAGAACCACCGAGUGGCAUUGGACAGAAGGCAGGUUCGGACUUGGCAAAUUCAAGGAUGAGAGGAGAGGACACAGCACAUUGAUGAAACGAAAAGCAGCACUGUGCAGAACAAACCACCUGAUUUGUACAAGUGGGGUUUUCAAGUCACGCUUACCUCAGAAUAAUGCUAUAUAUAUGUAUCUUUGUCCUGAGGUACAAAACUGCAAGAGCAUUUCAACGAGAAGGAACCAAGACACAGAGGAAGGGUGAAGAAUUUCAAGAUGAUGUCUGCCAAACACUUUGAAUUGAAGCUAUCUGACAGGUCGUUUUGGACCAUGACUUUCAUCCUGUUCUCUAUCACACAAGCUCUUAGCUUGGAACCUCUGCUGAACUGUUCUGAACCCACCAAUCUAGCCCUGCUGAAAGCACUGUCACCAGUCUUUAAUUUGCGCUUCAUACGGCCUGUGAUCAACAUCCAUAAUUACACAGAAGUCUAUGUAUCCUUUACCAUGUAUGGCAUUCUGGGAGUGGAUGAAAAAGCUCAACUCUUGACAACUUAUAUUUGGCAACACAUUGUAUGGAAGAAUGAGUUCAUCAGCUGGGAUCCAGAGCAGUGCGGCACAGAAGAGAUAACGUUACCUAGAACCCAGUUUUGGACACCAGAUAUUGUCAUCAAUGAAUUCGUUUCUCAAAACACAGCCCCAUUUGUGCCUUAUGUACAUGUCAAUUCUGAUGGCAAGAUCUAUGACUACAGCCCUGUCAGAGUGGUUAGCUCCUGCAGACUGAACAUCUACACCUUCCCCUUCGACGUCCAGAACUGCACUUUCACCUUCAACUCCUACACCCACACAAACAAGGAAAUCGUGGUUAACCUCAACAGGCCGAUAACACAGAUUUUGAAGAAUACAUUGGCUGUGAUGAGCACUGUAGGGGAGUGGCAGCUAAUAGAUAUCACUGCUCAUAAAGAAUCGCAUGCUGGGUUUAUGGUGGACGAGCUCAUAUUUCACAUUGGUCUGAGGCGUAAGUCCACUCUCUAUGUGGUCAACCUGAUCAUCCCAAGCUGCUCCUUGACCACAGUGGACCUCUUCAGCUUCCUGCUACCCCCACAGAGUGUGGACCGCUCGGCCUUUAAGAUGACCCUCAUCUUAGGCUACACCGUCUUCCUGUUGCUUAUGAAUGACUUGCUGCCGGUCACUGGCGACACCAUACCACUCAUAAAUGUUUUCUUCGCCCUCUGCCUGGCUCUGAUGGUUGCCAGCCUGUUGGAGACAAUCCUCAUCACCAACCUCCACUCAAGCUCCAGUCGCUUUGCUCCUGUCCCCCGCUGGGUGAGAGUAGUGGUCCUUCAAAAACUGGGAUGUUGUGUUGGUCUGCCUCCAAAGCCAAAAAAGGAACAUUCAACAGAUAUGUAUCCAAAUGCUGUAAGGGAGGAGAUCAAAGCUGGUAAGACUCCUCCAAUGCCCCUGGAACUGGAAGACACAACCCCAGGCGAGUUGAGAGAGUUGGGGAGAGACCUCCGGGCGAUCCGGCUACAGGUGGAACAGCAGCUGAAUGGGGACCAGAAGUCUGAGGAGUGGAUCCAGGUGGCUUCCAUCAUUGAUCGCUUCCUGUUUGGGCUCUACACGCUCUUCAUAUCAGUCAGUUCUAUAACUAUGAUCUGGAUCUGGGUUGAAUCAGACAGACGAUAGAAACGUUUUUCAGAAUCAGUUUUUAAUUUAUGCAAUUUAGUGAACAUCAUUUUCUUUGUAGACUGUCGUCAUCUAACCCUAAACAGUUUUUUUUUUAUUUUAAUACAUUUAGUUAGUGUGAUUAUUGA